CGGUGCGGGGCAGUGCGCGGAGCGGGGCGCAGAGCCGCAGCCAUGCCGGUGGACCUGGGGCUGUGGAGCGGGCCGCUGAGCCUCACCGAGGUAGAGCAGAAGCCGGCGCACCCGCUGCGGGUCAAGUAUGGCGCCGUGGAGGUGGAUGAACUGGGCAAGGUGCUCACGCCCACGCAGGUCCAGCACCGCCCCACCAGCAUUGAGUGGGAUGGCUGUGAUCCCCAGAAGCUUUACACCCUGGUUCUCACGGACCCGGAUGCACCCAGUAGGAAGGAUCCAAAGUUCAGGGAGUGGCACCACUUCCUGGUGACCAACAUGAAAGGCAAUGACGUGGGGAGCGGGACUGUGCUGUCGGAUUACGUUGGCUCCGGACCUCCCAAAGGAACAGGGCUGCACCGCUACGUGUGGCUGGUGUACGAGCAGCCAAAGCAGCUGACCUGCAACGAGCCCAUCCUCUCUAAUCGCUCUGGUGACAAACGAGGGAAUUUCAAGGUGGCUUCUUUCCGCAGCAAGUAUGGGCUGGGGGUGCCAGUGGCUGGUACUUGCUACCAGGCAGAGUGGGAUAACUAUGUGCCAAAGCUCUAUGAGCAGCUGUCGGGGAAGUAGAGCGAGGAACACGAAGAAGCACCGUGCAGCACCCCUGGAGACCAGGCCGAUUGGAGCACAUUGCUGUAGUUCUGUUUGAUUAGUGAGUUGAACCCAACUGCUCCCGCACUGACCCCUGGAACUGUAACACUGUCGCUGUCCCUGGCCUGAACGCGCUUCCAUGUGGCAUGAUCCAGACCUUGCUGUGCUUCAGCUGACUCCCGUAGGUACAGGUGACCGCUAGCUAGAUGAGCUUCUGACAAGGUGUCUGGAAGGGCCACCUUCUCCAGGCCCACCUGCUUAAGGGAAGCCAAAGCCUUUGUGAAUUAGUGUCACUUCAGAGUGUUUCUGCUGUACUGAAAUGGUAUUAUGUGGCAGUGCUGUGGGUACAGAACCACUUCUGGGUUGGUGCUGGCUGUGUACUCUCCCCUUCCCAGGCGAGGAGAUGGCAGUCUAAGGGAAACACCUCCCCACCCCCCCCUUUUUUUUUCCUCCUAUUUUUUUAUUUUGACCUUUAAGUAUUUGGCCAGCGCCUCCACUUCACUGAAGCGAACCACUAAGGCAGUGAAGGUGUAGCUGGUAGGAGGAGGCAGGGCAGCUGGUUGGUAGCACUACUUUCUGUUCUCUGUUGCCACUCAAAGCUGAGAGACCACUUUGUUUUGUUCAAGUCCUGUUGUGACCCGAUGUUAACGUGCUGGUUGCUCACAGUGCAAUUAAAAAACUUACCAAGGUG